UAGUUAACACAUUUCAAUGAAGUUCCAGAGAAUUGUGUUUGGACUUUUUGGAACCUUUAUGAUAUUAUUUAGUAGAAGUCAUUGUUAUGUGUGUGAUAAUGGUCAAAUGAUAACAGCAGUAUCGCAUGAAGAAUGUUUUAAUGAACUUAGUAGUGUUGUUGAACUUGUAUGUGGAGUAAUGUCUGGCGUUAAAAAGAGGGCUGUGUCUGAAAGAAGCAAUAAUCCAUUUUCCAUUGUUAAGAAGCGGAACAGAGAAAAAGACUUACUCUGUCACUGUUGCCAAGAGUGGUGUAGCUUUGAAGACAUUAUGCGAUACUGCUGAAACAGUUUCUUGAAAGUAAAAUUCAAUAAAACAGCAACAUUUGUUUGGCUUUCUGUGAUACAUUUAUAGUAAUAUUAUUACAGAUAUUGAAACUAUAUAAAUGGUUCAAACAAAACAAUUAGAGAUUAUUAUGAAUUCAACAUAAAGAAAUUUUAUCAA